GUCUGGCGAAAUGGUGAAACGCGCUACAAUACGGACAUCUAUGCAUAUGGUGUGCUACUGUGGGAGAUGUUCGAAAUACCCUACAAUUCCCCAUAUGCUGAAUGGAAAGCCUACACUGUUAAGCAGAAAGUAAUGGGAGGCUAUCGUAUGCCUCCACCGCGUGCGAUGCCUGAAGAGAUGGUAGCCGUUAUGGAACUUGCAUGGAACCAUGAUCCCGAGAAAAGGCCCGAUGCCACUGGUCUUCGUAAACUGCUGGAAGAAAAAUACUGCUCCGACGAUGAACAAUCCAAAACUAAGAGCGUGCUGAAAAGCCGUGCCUGA